AUGGCAAACAGAGGUAUAGGCGGAUUUUUCUUGCUAUCUAUCUAUCUAUCUAUCUAUCUAUCUAUCUAUCUCAGUCUCUUUCUUUCUCUUCAGAUCUAUCUAUCUAUCUAUCUAUCUAUCUAUCUAUCUAUCUUAUUAAUAUCCACAUAUGCCUUUAUCUAUCUAUCUAUCUAUCUAUCUAUCUAUCUAUCUAUCUAUCUUAUUAAUAUCCACAUAUGCCUUUAUCUAUCUAUCUAUCUAUCUAUCUAUCUAUCUAUCUAUCUAUCUAUCUAUCUUAUUCUAUUCUAUACCUAUCGUUCUAUCUAUCUGUAUCAAUCGGAAACAACAGUCAUCAGUAUUUUCAUAUCUAUAUAUCUCAAAUAUUUUCUAUCUAUCUAUCUAUCUAUCUAUCUAUCUAUCUAUCUAUCUAUGUCUUCGCAUAAAGAUCUAUCUAUCUAUCUAUCUAUCUAUCUAUCUAUCUAUCUAUCUAUCUAUCUAUCUAAGUCUGCUCAUAUCUAUCUAUCUCACUUUGUUUAUAUCUAUCUAUCUAUCUAUCUAUCUAUCUAUCUAUCUCAGUUUGUUCAUAUCUAUAUAUCUCAUUUUGUUCAUAUCUAUCUAUGUUCAUAUCUAUCUAUCUAUCUAUCUAUCUAUCUAUCUAUCUAUCUAUCUAUCUAUUCUGCUCAUAUCUAUCUAUCUCACUUUGUUCAUAUCUAUCUUAGUCUGUUUAUAUCUAUCUAUCUAUCUAUCUAUCUAUCUAUCUAUCUAUCUAUAUCUUCAUGCUUUCUUUGGUUUUUCUCUCCUCUACUUCUUUCUUUCUUUCUUUUAUUUUCUCAAUGUCUUUUCUUUCUUUCUUUCUAUUUCUACUUCAUAUCAUUUUUUUCUCACUCUUUAUUGCUUCUUCCUCUUUUCUUUCUCUUUUCUUUCUUUUUCUAUUUCACUUUCUUUUUUGUCCCUUUUCCUUCUCGCAAAUUUUUCUUUCUUUCUUUCUUUUUUGCUUCCUUUCUUUCUUUCUUUCUUUCUUUCUUUCUUUCGACUUUAUUUUCUCUUAUUUCGCUUUCUCUCUUACUUUUCCACUUCUUUCUUUCUUUCUUUCUUUUCUUGGAUAUGUUUCUUUCUUUCUUUUAUUUCACAGGUCUCUUUCUUUCUUUCUUUCUUUCUUUCUUUCUUUCUUUCUUUGACAUGUUUUUUUUCUCUUCUUGCAAGUUUUUCGUUUUUUCUUUCUUUCUUCAUAUCCAUUCUAUCUUUUUAAAUGAUAUCUAUCUAUAUAAAAAAAAAUCUAUUAUCUAUCUAUCUAUCUAUCUAUUUCAUUAUUUGAAUAAUCUUAAAAAUUUGAUUUUAUUAAAAGUCACAAUUCAUUAUUUAAAAUCUAUUAAUGUAUAUUAUUUAUAA